GUUUCAUGUGGGUCAGUAGUGAACAAUACGCUGAAAAGUCCUCCAAACCCAGAUGGCGUCUAUGGAUACAGGGUGAACUGCAGUUACAACGUUUCGAUUCCAGAUGGUAAGGUGAUGAGACUCAAGUUUCCAAUUUUUGACCUGGAGUCAGAUUCAGGAUGCAGGUAGGUAUAUAUAAAUUUGGCUUGUCAUAACUGAAUUUUAAUUUUGAGAUUGCUCGUCCAAAACCUUUUUUAUACAGACUCUUUAAGCUCGGUUGUUAUAAAGUCGUUUACCUAAAAGAAAAAAUAUGAAAAUUAAAAAAGUAUUAUGAUAACUACAUAAAACAUCCAUUUCGGUAACACGUUUGCUUAACCAACGGGAAAUCCAAACGGAAAAUCAUCAAAUCAAUUCAUGGAAAUUAAAAGUUACCCUGGUCCAAGACAUUUUCUCUCUAUUUUUCUCCUCGCACUUGAGCAGAAGGCGGCUCACGAGAUGAGAGAAAACCUAUUUUCAUUGUGCUGAAUCUCUCUUUAAUCCAGACGUUGGGGUCAGUAACUGAUCCUUGGGCCCCGAUUGGUGGUAUUUUAACCAGCACGAGAAUCUGUCUCGACUGAUAAAUCCUUAUUUUUUGCACCAAGCGAGGAAAGGGUAGGGCUACUUGUUACUUUGCAGCAAGACGAAUUGGUAAAGAUUUUCUCACCCUCUUGCAGGAUCCAUUAUUUGAAAAUAACGAAUGGUUUUGAGAAAGGUCAAUAUUGCGGUAACCAGCUCAUGGGAAGAAACCUUGUUGUAUCAGGAAACUACGUUGUAUUAACGUUCCACAGGGUCGCGCUGCUCGAGAACAAGAGAGAUUUUGAAAUAUUCUUCGCUCCAGAAAUUCCAAGUAAAAGUAAGUAG